AAUAAGUUGCUCGAUUCCUUAGUUCAGUCUUGCAUUUUCAGUUUAACCAUUCAGCUCGUAGUUUUACAAAGUAGUAUAAAGCAAUUUUCUUCCGAAAGAAAAUAAUUUUUCUUAGGGAAAGCACAUGCCAGAAGUCGUAUAGCUGAACCCUGUUUAGUUUUGUAAAGAAACCGUAAAUAUUGCACUAGAGACAUUUAUAUAAGAAAUUGACAGCUGCACAAGCUUCAAUGUUUUAUUUCAAGUCCGAGUGAGACACACUUUGAUAAGGAGUAAUAAGUUCUUAGCCAAUUCGUGCGAGACAAUUGAAUUGAAAAGUGUCUUCAAACAUUUGUAUCUACAUCAUGAAACGACACACUUCUACUCUAACAUUUUCGCUGAUUGUCAGUCUAAUGACAUGCGCAUCUACAGAAGAGCCUAAACUGAAGACUUUGAGUGUGAUAUUUAGACACGGAGACCGGGCACCUAUAUUUUUUACCCCAACUGAUCCUAAUCGGGAAAAAGAUAUAUAUCCGCUUGAACUUGGAACUUUAAAUAACCAAGGUAAACUACGGGAAUAUAAUCUCGGACAUCUCCUGCGUCAGCGCUAUAACGAUUUUCUGGGACCAUAUUAUGAAACUACCGACGUUUUCGCCAUGAGCACAGACGUGGGCCGCACCAAAAUGAGUCUUCUUCUGGUGCUCGCAGGGCUGUAUCCGCCGGUGGACAAACAAAUUUGGAAUAAAGAAUUGAACUGGCAACCUGUGUCAUCCUACGCUUACGUACCCGAUAAAAUGGAUCCGAUUUUGGGUUAUCUCAUCCACUGUCCAGCAUACAUAGAGGAAUACAUUCGAGUUCAAAAUUCUCCAGAAUUCCAGGCCAAGUUGUCCAAGUAUGAUGGCCUCAUGAAGAACCUGUCAAUCUUGACGGGAGCAUCGAUGAAAAAUUCAUUGGAUGUUUACGCUCUGUACAUCGAUUUGGGUGCCGAACUCUCCUCGAACCUCCAAUUACCGGCAUGGGCAAAAGAUUACUGGCCAGAAGGACCUAUGCUCGAAGAAUCGCUGCUCGAGUACGAGCUACAGAACUACAAUAGGAAGUUGAAGAAAUACAAUGGAGGUGCCACGAUUUCUAAGAUUCUGGCUACUGUGAAUAGUGAAAAUCCGAAAAAGUUGAAUUUGUACAGUGCUCACGAGAAUAACGUGGCUGGUCUUCUGUACGCGUUGGGCGUAUGGGAUCAUACGAUACCGAAUUUCUCUUCUGCCAUACUAUUCGAACAUCAUGAAAACAGUUCGCAAAAAUUCAUUAAGAUGAUUUACUACAAAGGAAUACCAGCAGUCUUCGAUGAACUAACGAUACCGGGAUGUGAUACUUUAUGCCCACUCGAGGAUUUUCACAAAAUUGUAGCAGACCUCAUAUCGGAGAAUCCGAUAGAGGCUUGUUAUGGUCCACCUGGCAAUUCCACGUUAGUGCCGAAGGGCGUGCAGCCGGUACAAUGGAUCUAUGACCAAAUGAUGUUUUUCUACGGUUUUUAACGAAGAAGACGGGAAAAUUGUCUUUACUUUGUGUUUAUUUACAUGAGAAUAAAAGAAAUAAAACUUACAAGUGUAUCGUUCGA